AUGGAGCACACCAAGAUCGUUAAGGGAGCUGAUGGAGUCGUUCUGCGUCGCUCUGGUCAGAUCCUGGAGAGGUGGCAAGAGUACUACAAUCACUUGUAUAACGAAGAGUUCUGUCAUCCUCCCAUCCCAACUGUUCCCAGCGUCGAGGGUCCUGUUCUACCAAUUACUGCCGUCGAAGUUAGUGCUGCCCUCGCAAAAAUGAAGUCGAACAAGGCAACCGGUCCUGAUGACACACCUGCUGAUGUCUGGAAGCUGCUAGGAGAUCGAGGAUCCGUGUGGCUCGCAACUCUUUUUAACAGGAUCGCUGCAGAAGGACGGACUCCAGACGUUUGGCAAACUUCCGUGACCGUGUCUGUCUGGAAAGGGAAAGGAGACAUUGCUGACUGCACUUCGUACAGACCUAUACGACUGCUGUGCCAUACGAUGAAGGUUUUUAGCGUGUCCUGGAAGCUCGUCUGA